AUGCAUGAGGGCAUAGAGUCCAUGGCGACCUGCUUGACGAAUGAUCGGGCUCAUGAGAUCGCUACCGACAUUAUUCGGAUCAGCACAUCCCAAUGCCUGGGAAUGAAGCACACGUGCUGCAAAUACAUAUAUCGGUAUUUCGCGGACCUCAGAUUCGGCGUAUGUCAUGAUAUUCUUGCCGAUGAAUACAAGAUGAUCGACACUAUGGACUCCGACGAAGUGGUCGGGAUCCAGGAGGAAGACCAGUACCUAGCGCUACGUCUGAAAUCACUGGUGGCAGAAUUCACAGCCAAGUACAACGAACCGAAGGUUCCAUUCCAUGACUUCUUCUUUGGUUAUUGGCGGCAACGGAUGGAUGAGGUUGAAGCGGAAAAAGAUGAGGCCUGUAUAAAUGAUCUGGGGAACGUCAAAGAAAUUGGUGUUAUGCUGCACGGAGAACGUGAACUUCCUACCAGGGGCAGGGGGGUUGUUUAG